AUGGGCGCACAACUCUCGCGCACAACAUGGGUCGGCGCUGCCUUUGAACACCGCAUGCAGGCAGGCGUCGGUGUCUCGCUCGUUGCCCUCUUUGCUGCCAUCCCGCUCGGGCUGCAGCUGGCCAAGUCGAACAAGAGGUCCAUCGCCGGGUCGGCCGUUCCGCAGGCCACCAUCAACGCCCCGGCGGCAGGUCCGUGGACAACCGGCGGCUGA